GACUCUCUCGGAAUUGCAGACGGCGUUGGCGGGUGGGGUACGAGAGCAGGUGCGGAUCCUGCGCUGUUCUCGCGCUUUUUGAUGCACUUUUGUGCUGUCGAACUGUCCCGAUACGAUCACCUGUCGGCGGCUGAAUUGACCGCAAACAACGGGGAGGCCCUAGCUGCUUGGACAUCAAUCGACCCUGUCGAGAUCAUGCAUCGAGCUUGGCGUCGCUGCAUUCGAGCAUCGCGAAGGGAAGGCAUCAAGGGAAGCUCCACUGCGCUCAUUGCCAUCUUGCGAGAGGAUGAGCUGCGCAUUGCAAAUGUGGGCGACUGCGUGGCGCUGGUCAUCAGACCUUCGCAGCGCACCAUGGUGUUCCGAUCGGAAGAGCAGCAGCACUCUUUCAACUACCCCUUGCAGCUCGGCAUGAUGAGCACGGCUGACGGUAGUCUCGAGUGGGACGAGCCACGUCGCGAUGCUGGCAGAUACAGCCUUCGUGUGCAACCGGGCGACUUGCUCAUCGUGGGUAGCGAUGGCUGCUUCGAUAACCUUUUCGACGAGGAUGUCUUGGAAGAAAACUCGAGUGCGGCAGCGAACCCUCUGCCAGCAGACUUUUCACCGCAAGAUGUUAGCGAGGCGCUUUGCUUGAGAGCAAAGCAGAUUGCUGAAGACCCUCGAGCAGUCACUUCACCCUUCCAAUGCGCGGCGACAGAUGAAGGUCUUCAUUACGUCGGCGGGAAGCUCGGUGAGUCUUCGUUUCUAGCCGCAUCCGGCAUCAUCGCGGGGCUCUUUACGCCAUUCUCUUUCAUGUCGAUGCUGAGUCUUUCUUCCGCUCGUUACAGAUGA